AUGAGUCUGAAUCAUUGGAUGCAAUGUUUCGCGUUUGAUGUCAUCGGAGAGAUAACUCGAUUUGGUUUCUUGGAUCGAGGUGAAGAUAUCAAGGGUAUCAUGCAGAGUCUAGAGACGACAGCCUUACAGUCUACAGUCUGUGGGAUCUAUCUUUGGCUCGCUCCCAUCAUCUUCGGGCUAAUCCCGAGCGGGUUGUCUGCGGUCGUGGGCUUUAUCACAACUGAAGUUCAGGGUCGAUUGAAAUCACUAGAGGAUUCGGAAAAAGGAGACCGGGAUGCCAAAGACUUCCUUACCAAGCUGGCAUUGCUUCACAGGCGUGACCAAGAAGCAUACACCUACUGGCACGUGUUUGCCGGUUGUGCACAAAACGUGGCCGCCGGGAGUGAGACAACCUCGAUCACGUUGAACUCAAUCUUCUACUAUCUGAUGAAAGAUCCCCAGAGGGUCCACAAGUUACAGACGGAGAUUGAUGAAGCUGUUCAGUCUGGCCAAGCUUCGGAUCCGAUCACCUUUGCUCAGGCACAGAAGCUGCCUUAUCUUCAGGCUGUGAUCAAGGAAGGCUUAAGGAUGCACCCAGCGACUGGCCCCCCGAUCUGGCGCACCGUUCCUGAAGGAGGUGCUACCAUUGCUGGUGUCGAAUUUCGUGCCGGGGCUAAUGUUGGAAUCAACUCCUGGGUUGCACACCACAACAAGGACGUAUUCGGCGAAGAUGCUGCUCUUUUCCGACCUGAACGAUGGCUCUCCUCGACGUCUUCGCCGGAGCAACUCGCGGCGAUGGAAAAAUACUACAUGCCCUUUGGUCUAGGCUCGCGCACGUGUAUCGGAAAGAACAUCAGCCUCCUUGAGAUCUCAAAGCUUGUGCCGCAUCUGAUCCGCCACUACGAGUUUCGUCUACUCACGCCCACUUGGACCAGCUUCAACAACUGGUUUUGUAAACAGUUCAACAUCGAGGUAACGGUUAGCAGAAGACAGUUGUCGUAA